ACUCAUCAGCCGGCAUCAGCACCGAAAAACCGAAAAUAUUUGUGUAAUUUUAGUAUAUUUUGUGUAGAGAAGACGCCAACGCAUGCAAGAAUGACGCAUAUAAACACACAGUGGCUCCUGGCAUUUUUCGGCGCUUUGUUGGCCUUGGAGCUUGUAACGAGCUCCGAAGACAAUGAGUAUAUGAAACGGGAACAUAGUCUGGUGCGUCCAUUUCAAGGCGUUGGCGUUAUUCUACCACAUUGGGAUUUUCUGGGCAACACGAUGGUCACCAGCAACUACAUAAGACUGACGCCGGAUUUGCAAUCAAAAAGCGGCGCACUUUGGAAUUAUGCGCCCAUUAUGGGACGCAAUUGGGAGGUUCAAGUUGGGUUCAAAGUACAUGGCAAGGGUCAUGAAUUGUUUGGUGACGGCUUUGCCAUUUGGUAUACAAAGGAUCGUAUGCAAACGGGUCCCGUCUUUGGCAGCAAAGAUCAUUUCUCUGGUCUGGCCAUCAUACUGGACACGUACAGCAAUCACAACGGUCCACAUAAUCACCAACAUCCGUAUUUGAGUGCCAUGGUUAACAAUGGCACCUGGAGCUACGACCACGAUCGAGAUGGAACGCACACACAGCUGGCUGGCUGCGAAGUGCGUUUCCGUAACGUUGACUACAAUACGUACGUCAGUAUACGGUAUGAGAACGAUGUGCUAUCCGUCUCGACGGAUCUGGAGAAUCGAAACGAGUGGAAGAAUUGUUUUGUGGUCAACAAUGUCGAACUACCAACAGGCUAUUACUUUGGCCUUUCAGCAACAACGGGCGACUUGUCCGAUAACCAUGACAUUCAUAGUUUCAAAUUCUUCGACAUUGACAAAACCAUCUCACAUGAUGAGAUAAUGCAACGUAGUUACAUUAUUCCAAAUGCAAAAACAUUUGAAGCACCGCGAGAACAUAAGGAGGAUCCCAAGCCUGGAAUGUCAAAUGCCAAAAUAUUCUUUAUACUUUUAUUCGUUGUGCUGGUGACGGCAGCCGUUGCCAUAUUUGCCAUAUCAUAUUUCAAGGAUCGAAACGCGAGAAAACGAUUCUACUGAUGAAAUGGACUCGGGCAAAGAUGGCAACUUCGACUACUUCAAAAAAAAAAAAAAUAACAUCUACAAAACAAAAGAAACCAAACCUAGGUAUAGUCUACCAAAACAUCAUGUUAAAAGUUUCAAGUCCUUUUUACAACUUAUUUAUAUUGAAUGUACCCAUUACGACAUUUGUUCAUAAGUUAUUUAGAUUAUCAGGUUUUGUUGUUGAGGAGUUCUUUUUUGUAAAAUGAUUAGGCAAAGCAACGACACAAGACAAAUGGGCAAUUGUUAAAUUUAAGUGAACAUUUUAAUCAGAACUAUAGACAAAUUGAGACCGUAAGAAUAUUAUUGCAGUGUGUACAUUAAUUAAAUAGAGAAAGAUAAAGAAACGACCAAC